UAUGACGCUGCUUUGUGCUUCUGAAAAUUGAGUUCGGCUUCAAACACAUGACAUUUAAGCACGUUAGUAAGCUAGCAACGAUGUUCCUUUUCAAUUUAGCUAACAUGUAAUACCAAGAACUACGUCCGCCGAAAAAUAUAGCUACGGUAAACAUGUACAGCGAAAUACACAUCGUUUGUUCGGCAAUUAACAGAAGAAGAUUGCGGAAAUGAACAUUUUCCGACGCGUAUUGAUGAUGUCACCGUAAAGAACACAAACAGCUGUAAUGUAGCUUGCUAGCUAAUGCUACAAAGGAAUAUACUUGUUAAAAACUAUGCCACUCGGAUGUUCAAAACGCGUCCAUACUGCGAAUUUUUUAAUUAAUUUUUUAAAAAUUUUUAUGCUGCGAAUGAAGAAAACGAAUCUUAUACUUUAGCAUGUAAGUUGUCAGGCUAGAUUGCAAUAACAAAGACAGCAACAACGGUUUAGCGAACAGAGGUUGUUAAAAAACUUUUUACAUAAACACAACAACAGCCUAGAGUUGUUAUUUACACGCAGUGUCGAUACAUUUUGUUCACAUAAUGCGCAAGGUGCCCCACCAUGGCUUGCUAGGAUUUGCAGAGUCAUGGAUAGUUUAGCCGAAUCAUGACCUUUUAGGAGGACCAUGACAUUGGCGGGGGAGCUCCAGUCCGUUCUCUUUAGAGAUAAUGCCUCAGAGGAAGAGGGGCCUGGCCCCUGGGGCCGGGCGCAGGAGGCUCAGGGCCGAGGAAGAUGUCUUCCCCUUCAACUCCCUCCCGGUGGAGUGUCAGCUGCACGUCCUGGCCUUCCUCCCAGAGCUGGACAAAUGCAACGCCGCGCUAGUCUGCGUUAGCUGGAGCCGGCUCAUGCGCUCGGGGAAACUCUGGAGGGUGGCCGACUUCUCCCGCCGCGGGGCCUCCCACGCGGGCCAGGAGGGGCUGCUGGUGUCCAACCGGGAGUUUGAGCGCUGGAAGGCGUGGGUCAGUCACUACGUCCACCACCUGAUCUCCAGGGGGGCCAGCCUGCUCACCCUCCGGGCCAGCUUCGACCUGGGCGACCGCUACAACAAGUGGGGCGAGCUCCUGUCCCACCUCCUGGACAGCGUCCACUGCAGAGACCUCAGCCACCUGGACCUCAACUGGACCUUCACGCUGCUGGAGCCCCUGGACCUGCGGCCCCAUUCCGGCUCCGCCUCUCACCAGGAGAGCGUCACCAAGGCCGACCAGGUGGAGAACUUCCAGGUCCUCCUCGCCAAGCUGGCCCACAGCUGCCCGCGCGUGACCAGGAUGCGCCUGCACUUCGACUGGUCGGAGACGUCAGCCUCGCUGCUCGGCCAGUUCCGCCACCUCCGCGUCCUGGAGCUCCGGUACUUCUGGGUCUUCAAAGGGGUGAACCCCGGCACCCUCCAGACCCUGACCAAGGCGCUGCCCAGCCUGCGCUCCCUCACCCUCCACGUCCUGGUGCCCCUGCGCAACCUGGGCGUGUCUUACACGCUGGAGUCUGACUCGCUCGAGUUCCUGGACGUGUCGCAGAGCCGCGGCCUGGUCUUCUCCCGACUCCGGCUGCCGGCGCUCCGGGAGCUCCGGGCCAAGAAGGCGGUGCGCGGGAUCACCCUGGACCGCCGCACCCGGCUGAGGAUCCAGAGCAGGUGGCCCUGCCUGUACCAGGUGCUGCGGGAGGGGGCGCCCAAACUGCAGGCCCUCAACAACGAGAGGCUGCUGCCAGGCUGGAGGGAACAGGGCUACCGCGAGCUGACCGUCAUCCUGCAGCAGGCCUGCUACUGCCUCCAGCACCUGGACAGUUGGUUGUGGUGACCGUGUGGCGAUCCGCCAAUCAGCUAAUCGCAGUCAUAGGUCCCCCCACCCCCCCACCCCGCCGUGGGGUGGACCGCUCACCUAUAGAUCCAGUCGGCAACGCGCCAUAGGCAUGUAGGCGGAGCCUUACAAGGAAUAAAGCAACCCUGCGCCUGCCAUUGCUCUUAAUAGGGAGCCAUCAUAGAUAAUGGCUAUUUUAGUAUUUUAAUAAUUAAUGUCAGCACGAUUCAUUCAAUUGUUAUAUAUAAAGACCAGCGGUGGUAUUUUGCCAAACAUUUACUGAAAAGGACUCGAGUGCUGUCCUUAUGCAGUUCCAGAAUGAACAGAUGAUCCAACUCGCUUGAGGGUAUCGCUCUCUGCCCUCUUUUCUAUCUUAUUAAAUGAACUACAUUUAUGAUCCAUAACCUUGUAAAGUAGACAAACUAGCCAGACUGCCUAGUUCAUCAAAAUUUCUUCAAUUUAACUUUUAACAUCACGUUGCAGAAGCGGUGUUCACGAUUUAAUUUUAUAGGUUAAUGUUGUUGGCUGUUGUUCGCCUUGGGUUUCUUGGCAAUUAAAUAAAAGUGCAAAUGCAGGGUUUAAACCUGUUUUAUUGUGGUAUUUAGACAACCGGUAUAUUUCAAUAUCUGACUACAUUUCGUGCUUUUAAAGACUUGUAACUGUUCAUUUGGUAAUCGUUCAUUUCCUAUGGAAAGUCGACCAAGCUUGCCCCCUCGGUGGUUGAGACUGAAGAGAUUAUGACGUUUUUGCGGGCGGGUCAGCUCUUGCCGACUGGAUCUAUCGAUGAAGAGUGUGCUUGAAGCCACGCCCCGUUUCUGGAAUGCACCUGAUGAUGUUGUUUUUUUUUUGUUUGUCUUUAUUCCAUUCCAUGUGUGAUUUGUGGUGAUAGUGUGUGUGUGUGUGGGUGUGUGUAUGAGUGAAUUAGUCUUAACGCCUUCAAAAAUAACUGAAAUGUAAUGCUUCUGUUCACUUGAAUCUUAUCUUAUUGUCCUUUUUUUUUUUUUUUUGUUCUCAUCAUUCCAAGCAAUUAUUAGGACAUGUUUAACACUUGAAAUAACAGAUUAGGAUACCAAUCAAUCAACAGUCAGAUUUGUGUCAGAUUUCCCUGUUUUCAUGCAAGUUUCAUGCAAAUUCAGAAACUUCUAACUUCUAAACUGGUGGACUGUCAAGUACUGUUAUGGCUAAUUGGUACCUUUAAAAGUUGAGUAAAGUAAUGAUGUUAACGUUGUGGGAAUCGUGUCCUAAACUAUACCAUGUUUUCCUGACACGCUGCUACAUAAAGUAUAUGUAAAGAUGGAUAAUAUCAGGGUCACUCUUCAUAACCUGUAGAAAGACGAAAGAAAAUAAUUCCUCAACUGGAACAUUGCAGUAUAGUCAGUGUGCAAACAUCACUGCUUGUGGUUCAUCCUGGAAAUGUUCCCUUCGUAGGCCCUGAGAAAAACAUUUUGCAACAGGGCAUCAGUUGCAAUUUCUGAUUCUGCAAACUUUUGGAAACUUUCUUCAUGAGUGUGCAUAGCUAAAUUUCUCUAGUACAGUUGAAAUUUAUACUAUUUUUUUUUUUUUUUUUUUUUUUUUCAUUCUUUUGUUCAGUAAGGAAGAUUGAUAACAUAUCGUAGGUCUCCAUUCCCUUACAGUUGCAAUGUAGGUUCUUUCCUAAAUCUUGACAAUAAAUGACUGUGUUUUAACAUA